AGUCAGUUUCAGGAAGGAAGCUUGAAGCGGAGGGCUACGGAGCCGGGGCUCCUGACUUCCAAGCGCGGCCGAUGAAGGCUACAUUUUAGAACUGGAAGCUCAGGCAAAAAGAAUUCGCUUGCACCACCAGCAAGGAGCUCAGCUAUGUGGACUCCCAGCCGGAGGCAGCUCUGCCUGGCAUUUCUGUUGGUCUGUGUGCUCUCUGCCGGCUCCUUCUUUUUCCACCUGAAUGGAGGAAACUUCUUUCGAAAUGGUCUAACUCUCUCUGUCCUGUGUUCAGACUAUCACCUGCUGAAGUCCCCAGUGGCCAUGGUAUGCCUACCUCAUCCAUUGCAGACAUCUAAUGGCUCCCCUUCCUGUCCUGAGCAGUCCUCCUCACUCUCUGGGACUUGGACAAUCACCCCAGGAGGCAGGUUUGGUAACCAGAUGGGGCAGUAUGCUACAUUGCUGGCCCUAGCCCAGCUCAAUGGUCGCCAAGCCUUCAUCCAACCUGAGAUGCAUGCCGCCCUGGCCCCCGUGUUCCGAAUCUCCCUGCCAGUGCUGGACCCUGAGGUGGACAGCCUCACACCUUGGCAGCACUUAGUCCUACAUGACUGGAUGUCAGAGGAGUACUCCCAUCUGGAGGACCCAUUUCUCAAGCUGUCUGGUUUCCCCUGCUCUUGGACCUUUUUCCAUCAUCUUCGGGAACAGAUUCGUAGGGAAUUCACUCUGCAUAACCAUCUACGGGAAGGUGCCCAGUACCUGUUGAGCGGGCUCCGUAUAGGCCCGGCGGGCAUCCGCCCUCAUACCUUUGUGGGUGUCCAUGUGCGUCGUGGAGACUAUCUGGAGGUGAUGCCCAAUCGCUGGAAGGGUGUGGUGGGUGACCGAGCUUACCUCCAGCAAGCCAUGGACUGGUUCCGGGCCCGACACAAAGACCCCAUCUUUGUGGUCACCAGCAAUGGCAUGAAAUGGUGUUUGGAGAACAUUGACACAUCCCAUGGUGAUGUGGUCUUCGCUGGCAAUGGACAGGAGGGUACACCGGGGAAGGACUUUGCACUUCUCACACAGUGUAACCACACCAUCAUGACUAUUGGCACCUUUGGCUUCUGGGCUGCCUACUUAGCUGGUGGAGACACGGUCUACCUUGCAAACUUCACCCUGCCAGAUUCGGAGUUUCUGAAGAUCUUCAGGCCUGAGGCUGCCUUCCUGCCUGAGUGGGUGGGCAUCAAUGCAGACUUGUCCCCGCUGCAGGCUCAAUUUGACCCCUGGAAGCCAGACAGUCUUUUUAGAUUGGUCUGACUCAUCAGAAGUCAGCCAUCCAUGUCUCUAUGCUUUGGUGUAUGUCUGUGGUAGCCCUGGAGCUGUGGGUACUCAUUUCCAGACUUGCACAUCAACUUGCUGGAAAUGCUGGAAUGCUUUGCAGACACUUCAACAGGAUAUCAUUUUCUGAUUGCAGGGGAAGCCCAAGUCAGCACUGUAAGCCACAGUCUCUUCCGACUCUUCUGGCUCGUCUUCUUAGAACCUCUGGGCAGCUGUUUCUGGGUUAGGGAGGCUGAAGAAAAUCCAGACUUACCAACUGGUCUCCUGGAUUUCUGGGGUUAUUCUAGGCUGUUUCUGAGAACCUGGUCCAGUCCCUUUGCAACACUCUGCAGGGCCCUCUCAACACUCCAGACAGUGAAGAAUUUAAUGAAGGUAGAUGCAAAAGCUCAGUACUUCCUCACUGCUGGAGGCACGGAGUGAUGCUAGAGGCACAGAGUGAUGCUGCUGGAGGCACGGAGUGAUGCUGGAGGCACGGAGUGAUGCUGGAAGCACGGAGUGAUGCUGCUGGAGGCACGGAGUGAUGCUGGAAGCACGGAGUGAUGCUGGAGGCACGGAGUGAUUCGAGCCUUUCUGGAGCCAGUCUCUUGUUAGAGAGAUGAGAACAAUUGGAGGACAUAUGAAUUCUGUCCAACUCCUUGGCCCCAGAGAAACCUGAAAGACUUUUAUUUAGGAUGGGAAGAGCAAAUGGCUAUAAGUGGGCUGGAGGAGAGAGCCGCUGUUGAGACACAUCUGUCUCGAGGCACGGGGUCUCCUAAAAGAUCUAGGAACUUUACAAGAGAGAGAGAGAGAGAGAGAGAGAGAGAGAGAGAGAGAGCUCAAAAGUUAAAGAACAACACAGAUUAAUCUUGGAUUUAGGAUCAAGGAGGUUUCUUCUUCUGAAGAUGCUAUUAGGGGAUCUGGGAUCUGUUUUCUAGAGGUAACCAGGCCUACAGAAAAGAAGGGCAUACCCCUGGGCCCACAAAGUCCCCAAAUCUGGCUCUGAGAAGAUCCAGGGUAAAGGGUCUGAAGGUGUUCCAGAACCUAGAACCCAGAACCCCGAACCCAGCCUAUGCCCCUACAGAAGCCCGGGCUUGAAACAAGGAUGGGACGUUUGGCUGAGAUUGGGUAUGUGUGAUGCCUUUUCAAGAAUGGAGGAAGGUUCCUCAGAUAGCAUUUAAUCUAACUGUAUUUAUUCCCUUCCAAGAGCAACUUCUAUUCUUCUCAGGGAGUUUCCGGGCACUUUUUCCCAAGUUGGCCUGUACAGGCUGGAGAGGGAGCUGUGAAUUAAAGGGCCACAUCGCC